AGGUCAUGGCGUCCUGGAUUCCGCAGCGCAGCUCUGGGGCCCCGGGAGCCCCAGCUUCUCUCCCUUGCAGGGGCGCGCCCCCUCCGGGCGUGCGGGCCAGCCGCGAGGCCCCGGGCCUCUCCCGGAACCCCCCAGGGCCGGGCGCUCCGGGGCCGGGCCAUCGGCGGAACGUGCUGUCCGAGCGCGAGCGCAGGAAGCGCAUCUCCAACUGCUGCGAGCAGCUGCGCGCCCUGCUGCCCUGGUUCGCCUGCCGGCGCGAGGACAUGGCGUCGGUGUUGGAGAUGGCUGUGCUCUUCCUGAGGCUGGCGCACACCCUGGUCCCCGCUCCGGGCCAGCACGCCUUGCAGACGCUGGCCCCAGCCCGGGCCGGGGAGGUGCGUCCUCACCGAUGGCAGCCCCGGGCUCUGGUCCCUGCUGAAGACAUGCUGUCCUCGGGGUCAAGCGCUCUCCGCCUGGUCAGGCCCUGGGAGCCCUUGGCGGCCCCUUCAGGGUUGGCCGAGGUGCUGGGUGGGACGUCCACACCUCCUGGUCAGCAGGGGCCCUGUGAGCAAGGACCUGGUGUCACCUCUUCGGCUGAUGAGGACCCAGAGCGGAGCAUCUCCAAGACCCCUGCAGGACCCCUCCCAGAGCCCCCACGCCCACCCUGGACCCCCCCACUGCUGCGCCCAGCUGCUCAGGGAUGGCUGGGAGGAGUGGACACAGCUGAGCUGCCUGUGCUGGAUACCAGGUCUGUGGUGGGACCUGAAAAGGAGGAAGGUAUAGCCCCCCUGCUGGCUGCUAGCCCCGACUGGUGGCCGGGGUCCCUGGAGGGCCGAGGAGGGGGCCUCCCCGCUGGGCUGGACAGAGCCGAGCCGUGCCCUGUGGCGGAGGGGGGCUUCCAGGAGCUGCAGGACAUCCUGCUGGAGCAGUGGGGUCCGGACCUGGGCUGCGCCGGCCUGGCGCUGCGUGAGGAGCCGGACAGCCUGUUCCCUGAGCUCUUCGUCUGCCGGCCCUGGGGCCAGGGUCCCUGAGCGCGGGGCUGCGCAUCCUGGGGCAGAGGGUGGAUGUGCUCCGCUCCCGCUGCUGGGGGUGGAGUGGGGGGGGGGUUGUCAUUAGGGAGGUUUAUGGGCCCACUCAGGCUUCCCACCCAGGGUGUUGUGGGGGCUCCCUGGUGGGCCGGGUGUCCCAGGGGGGCAGUCGCUGGAAUUAAAGGCCUUGCUCAGA